ACGGGGGUGCUAGGGUUUUUUUCGUCUUCGAACGAGAUACCCCCACUAAUUAAACGAUUCUCAACUUUUUUCUCUCGAAUCGAUUCGAGAUCAGACAUCAAAAUCACGAAUUGUCCUCUAUUGUUGCUUCGAUUUGGUUUUUGAACGAUGGGGAGAGGCAAAUUCAAGGGAAAACCCACCGGCCAACGCCACUUCUCUCAUCCAGAUGAUUUACGUGCUGGCACCUCUUCAGCACGUCCUCGAUCAUUCAAACGGGAAGAAGCUGAGUAUGAACGUGAGAAAGAAGAAGAUGAGGAGGUGGAGGAGGAAUCUGGGGAAGAAUCCGAUGGCGAAGAGAAGAAGAAGAAAGGAAACGAGAGUCUAAUUGAAGUUGAAAACCCUAAUAGAGCAAAACCAAAGACCUUAAAAGCCAGAGACCUCGAUGUCGGUAAAACCACUGAACUUUCAAGGCGAGAGAGAGAGGAGCUGGAGAAGCAGCGAGCUCAUGAACGAUACAUGAGGCUGCAAGAGCAGGGAAAAACUGAACAAGCAAGAAAAGAUUUGGAUCGUUUGGCUUUAAUACGUCAACAAAGAGAAGAAGCUGCUAAAAAGCGAGAGGAGGAGAAAGCCGCUAGAGAAGCAAAGAAAACAGAAGCUCGCAAAUGAUGAUCCU